GUAGGACGUGGUUGGGCGCGUUCCUUCCGCGUAAAAGAAUUUCUGCAAGCCACCGAUUCUGGACGUCCCGAAGUGCUACAGAAACGGCCAACAGAGCCGGCUUAUUGACGAACACCAAUCGCUACACCAGAACAAAAGUUUUUCGUACAUACCAGUGCAAUACAUAUCAUUGUGCUCAACGCGGUUACCGAGUGUGCAGCACCAGCGGCCUGGUUUUUUCGCAAAGUGUUUGUGUGUUUACAUGUGUGUUAGUUUGGUAAAAAUAACCUGCAAAGGGUAGAAUCUUUAGCGGUACCCGUCUUUAGCGAGCAAUAUCGUGCAACCGAGCAGGCAGGGUUGGAAAACGCGGACGGGCAAGAAUUUCGAUUUCCCGGCUUCUUCUCCCUGUGUUGCCUGCUACACCAACACCGCUCAAGCUUUUGCUGGCUAAUUUUGCGCGUGCGGACGUGCGUGCGUGUGUGUGCGUUUGUGUGUUGUUUACAUUGUGACGCGUAGUUAAGAAGAAAGUGCCGACGCUGCCGCGUGUAGGAUAAAGCGAAGAGUAAGAGAGAGAGCAAAACAGCGAAGCAUUUCGUGUAACAAUAUCGUACGAUCGCCCGCUGGCCGUUUUUGCCACAUAAUCACUUUCCUUACGCACACGACGUAUCGAGUCCCGGACCCCGGGGGCGUUAAGAGCGAAGAAAAGCAUCACAGAGCUACCUUUCGUAUCAGCAGUUGUAGCCGCCAUCGCUCAACAUCUUAGGUAGUGGAAAAGUACCGAAUUUUGCGGUGCGGCGGUGUCUUACAUUCGAAUGCCUUCCAGUCAGGGUUAUAGCAAAGUUGCAUCGGAACCUCCGAUCGAACCAUUGGACGGAACAGUCAAUAUGCCUUCCGGAGGUAACACUAGUGCGGCAUCUGCCAUGAUGGGGACAGUACCUUCCGGUGCGGGUAGUGGCAUUCAGUCCAAUCCGGCCGGGAAGAUUCCAGCCACCAACUCACAGCAACGCCUAAUGCCCACGGAUUCCGAUUCGGUAACAUCGUCCAUGGACGAAGGUGAACUGCAAGUGGCAAGGGGGAACCAGCACGAUGAAGAUACGGACACAACGACAACAGCAACCGGCACGAUCGGUGCCAACGCGUGGUUCACGGUGCUCGUGCUAUGCUUUGUCAACCUCAUCAACUACAUGGAUCGGUUCACGAUUGCGGGUGUGCUGACAGAGAUACAGGAUCACUUUAAUAUCGGUGACGAUGAGGGUGGCCUCCUGCAGACAGCGUUCGUGCUAUCCUACAUGAUUUUUGCGCCAGUGUUCGGCUACCUGGGCGAUCGGUACUCCCGGAAAUGGAUAAUGGUGCUAGGCGUUUCGCUCUGGAGCACGACCACCCUGCUCGGGUCGUACAUGCACCAGUUCGGAUGGUUCAUCACGUUCCGUGCGCUGGUCGGUAUUGGGGAGGCAUCUUACAGCACGAUCGCGCCGACCAUCAUCUCCGAUCUGUUCGUCGGUGAGAUGCGCUCGAGGAUGUUGGCACUGUUUUACUUCGCUAUUCCGGUUGGAUCGGGUUGCGGGUACAUCGUUGGAGCUAAAAUGGCAAGCCUUAUGAACUCGUGGGUCUGGUCGCUGCGUGUAACGCCGGUGCUCGGUGCGAUCGCGGUCGGCCUUAUCAUAAUGCUGCGGGAUCCACAGCGUGGUCAGAGUGAAGGUACCCAUCACAUGGAGGCGACUUCAUACAAGGCGGAUAUCGCCGCGAUCAUUCGAAACCCUUCGUUCAUGCUGUCGACGGCGGGCUUUACCUGUGUAGCGUUUGUGACUGGUGCGUUGGCCUGGUGGGGACCCAAAUUUAUUCAUCUUGGUCUAAUAUCCCAACCGGGCAAUGAACAUAUAACACUGAACGAGGUAUCGUUCACAUUCGGUGCCAUUACGAUGACGACCGGCAUCAUCGGUGUGCCGUUAGGAUCGUACCUGUCCCAGCGCUUGAACGUGAAAUCUGUGAAGGCCGACCCGUACAUCUGUGCGGUCGGUUUGAUGCUGAGCUCGCCGCUGCUGAUCGGCGCGAUGUUCAUGGCGCCAGUGAAUAUAUACGCGACGUACACGCUUAUCUUUUUCGGCGAACUCGCCCUCAAUCUCAAUUGGGCGAUCGUAGCGGACAUUCUGCUGUAUGUUGUUGUGCCAACGAGACGAUCAACCGCGGAAGCUUUCCAGAUUCUUAUCUCCCAUGCAUUCGGUGAUGCCGGCAGUCCAUAUUUCGUGGGUGUGAUAUCGGAAGCGAUCAAACGAGUAAUUCGUGUGAGUGCUGAUGCAUUAUCAGUCGAUACGUACAUGAACCUCGAACCCACACAAACAAUAGCCGUUCUGUCGCAGCUGGCCGAAAAUUCCACCGUCGGGCUGCUCCAGUCCGUACCGGAUGAUGAUCCACCGCUGAUCAAGUUCCGUGCCCUGCAGUACGCAUUAUUUAGCACCUGCUUCGUGGAGAUCCUUGGGGGUGUGUUCUUCCUGAUUACAGCGAUAUACAUCGAUCGGGAUAGGGCACGGGUAGAGGCUGUUGUACUAGAAGUAACGUUACGAAUCGAAGACUGUUCGAAGGUGGUCGCGGUUGAAGAGAAGUCCAGUUCAAACACUUUGUACCUCAACUACGAACACAUUCAGACAGUUAUUACAGCGCCGACUAGAUCAUUUCCACUCUCCGUACUUCAUGUGCUUUAGAUAACCAAUCAAACAAUACUUCAGAGCACCGAUUAGGAGGAUCGUUACCAAGCGUUCAAGAGGAAAUCUAGAACUGUUUAAAUCAAGAAAUUGUAUAAUUUCUCAUCGUGAUAAAGCGAUUGGGGUUUGCGUAAUGGUUGCAUUUCGACAGCUGUCACACCUAACGAGCAAAAGCUCUGGAUCGGCAUCCGCAAAGAUACCUCGGUUCCUAACGUCCACAUUGCCGAUGUAGGUUUGAUUAUACCAAGUACAGAGAAGCAAAGCGAAAAACAGAACUGAACUCCAACUCUUUUCCAACGGACGAAGUGCCGGCUGUGGAAUUCGACUUGAUAAGUGUGUCAAUACCAACACCUAGACCGUAUUUAGAUAUAUACAUAUAUAUAUGAUAAAGUUAAAGACCUUGGCAUGGAUGGGUUAGUUUCCGUUCCGUUGUUCGGAGUGCACCUUUCUCCAAACUUACUCACACGGAACUCACGCGUACUCACCAAUGCCGGUUCGUAUCAUCACAUUACGAUCAGGUUAGAUUAAGUCACCAAACUCAUUUUUCUUCUUCCGGAAGAUUUCUACCAGAAACGUAGUACGAGCGUAGAUAAUUUGUGGCGCUGAGCUAUUAUGCUAACCCAGGAAAAUAGUUUGUUAAUUUCUACCGAAGAAUGUAAAUAGCUCCACUCACCCAAAUCGAUCCUAAUUCCCGCGUGUUAUGUUUAGCAAGUAAGAGUAGUGAAAACCAAUGAACGAAACUGUCGUAUAUUUGCUGUUCGUUAGUGAUCCUAUUAUUUUCUCGAACCUCCUGUUAAUGUGUUACAACAUAUUGCAAGGGCGUGUGAGUGUUAAGCGUGAAUGUGCAACCGGUUAGGUCUUACAGUAUGAUAAUGAAAUUAAAAUAGUGAACGCUCAGAAGAACAUAAAUCGCCAGUGCGCUAUUCGGUGGGAGUUUCUAGGUGUGGCGGGUUAUACGAAAGCAAUAGUCUGUGAAAACAAAUGAUGGGGGCCAUUUAUUGUUGGAAAAGUUUUCUAACGAUGCAAUGUUUUAGGAUAAGGGGUGACGUCCAUUUCGGCUGUUGGUGAUGAUUAUUCAAAUUGAAAAGCGUUCGAAAGGGAAAAGCAACACAAAGCAAACGUUUUAAGCGUUAAAUUUGACUGAAAAUCAGAAUAAGGAAUAAUACGUACGUGUGAUAAAGGUGCUAAAAUGGCUCUAAAGCUGCACAAUGACACAAUUUGGAAAGGGGGAACAGCGUUUUGGAGUGGCAGUUAAUGAGGGUUUGCUACCAGAAUGCGAACUCCAUCUGUUACAAAAGACUGCCCGUUAUGGUAUAUUUCCAUAUUGCUUCAUCCAUUUUUGCUAGCAUUUUUCCCGGUGCUAGUGAGUGAAGAUUUGAUUAAUCUUUUCUUCAUUCAUUUUUUUGUUAAAUUAGUAAAUUCUUGGUGUUUUUUUUUUUGUUUUGGCGUUAGCAAGAAAAGAAGUUAUAAUAUGUUAGAAUUUAUACAAAACUAUAGAACACUCAAUCACUAAUAGGGCGGGUUUGGAUAAACCAUUUACAGGCGUGAACUAUCGUUAAUUAUUGGGAAACGGUAAUUUUUCUAAGGUACAGAGGAAAGGCCGACAAACAUUGUAAAACAAAAAGAAGACAACAAACAAACAUUAUUUAUUAUUAGAUUCUCGUUAGCCUUUUUCUUGAACCAGAGAGGAGAAUGGAAGAUAGUAUAGACACAAUUGAAAAAGGAAGGAAAGUGGAGGAUGACUUUAUGCAUCAGAAUGAAAAAAAAAAUAAAAUAAAAAAACCAAUAAAAUAACC